AUGGAUCCUAUUCGAGCGGAAGCUAUUCACAACGAGAGACAUGUCAAGGUGAUCUGCGUGGGUGCUGGUGCCUCUGGGUUGUGUCUGGCAUACAAGCUGCAGAGGUCUUUUCAGAAUUACGAUCUUACUAUCUACGAGAAGAACCCUGAGGUUUCGGGCACCUGGUACGAAAAUCGCUACCCAGGCUGCGCUUGUGAUGUUCCCUCCCACAACUAUGUCUACUCGUUUGAACCCAAAGCAGACUGGUCAUCCGUCUACGCUGGCUCCAGCGAAAUCAGAGGCUACUUUAACGAUUUCGCGAACAAGUAUGGCCUGCGGAAAUACAUCCACACUUCGCACAUCGUCACCGAAACCACCUGGGUCGAGGAGUCGGGCCAGUGGCAGGUGACGGCGACCGACCUGAAAACGGGUCGCACAGUACAUGACUGGUGUCACAUUCUGAUUCAUGCGACGGGCUAUCUCAAUAAGCCUGCUUGGCCCGAGAUUCCGGGAUUGGGCGAUUUCAAGGGCAUCAAGCUACACAGUGCGAUGUACGAUGAGAGCGUAUCGCUCGAAGGGAAGAACGUUCUGCUGAUCGGGGCGGGUUCAUCAGCUGUUCAGAUUCUCCCUGCCAUUCAACCUAUUGUUAACAAUGUGAAAAUCUUUAUCCGUUCGCCGACGUGGCUGUUGCCGGAUAUUAGCACCGAGGCGGGCAAGUUCCCCGAGGAGCAGAUUGAGCACUUUGUGAACAAUCCAGACAGCGUGACAGAGCUACGCAGGGAUAAUGAACGGACUAUGAACAGUAUCUUCACCAUGUACCUCAAGGAUACUGUCCUUCAGGAGCAGGCCAAAGGUCUCCUGACAUCGGUGAUGAAGAACGCCUUCCAAGAUCAAGAAAUGGAAGACCGUUUGAUACCGAACUUCUCUGUUGGUUGCAAGCGUGUGGUACCAUCGGGCUUCAGGUAUCUAAAUACUCUCAAAAAAGAGAACGUCGACGUGGUCUAUGGUGGUGUGACAUCCGUAACACCAUCUGGGUGCGUCAGCGAAGACGGGAAGGAGCAUCAAGGCGACAUCAUCAUCUGUGCCACCGGGUUUGACACUUCCUACAUCCCGCGCUACCCUGUCAUUGGACCCAAUGGUCGCAACCUGCAGACAGAAUGGGCCGAGUCGAUCAUGGGCUACAUGGGAAUAGGUAUUUCCGAGUUCCCCAACACCUUUACCAUGCUUGGCCCCUACACGCCUGUUUCCAAUGGUCCGACCAUGGUCGCGAUUGAAGCUCAAGCAGACUACAUCUGUUCCUUUAUCGACCGUUACCAAACGGAACCUAUCCAUAGCAUGGCUCUUAAGCGGGAUGUCUGCGCUGAGUUCAAGGAGCAUGUCGGCUCCUUCAUGCAAAAAGCCGUUUGGACGGAUAAUUGCCGCAACUCCCACAACAACCAUACCAUCGGCGGUCGCGUUCCCACGACUUGGCCUGGAAGCACCCUACACUAUCUUGAGGCGAUGAGAGAGCCACGUGCUGAUGACUGGGAUAUCAAGUACAAGGGAAAUCGUUUCUCAUGGUUGGGCAUUGGCGUUUCCCAGACAGAGUGGGAUCCCACUGCUGAUCUGGGGUACUAUAUCCGACAAUCGGAUGAUGGACCCUGGCACAGCCGGCGCAAGCGGAAUUUGGCCAUUGCUAAAACAGGCAGCAUGGCUCCGCGUGCUCUCCAUAGACAGCCAAAGCUUGCUGCCAAGGAGAAAGCCCAAGGCACUAAAGCUGAUGUGCCGGACCAGAUGCCGAAAGCACAGGCUGAGCCAGUGUCUGAAGCGACAGCGUGA